GGUUGCUGGCGGAGCCCGGGAGGCGGAGAAGGCUGUCGUUGCCUUGGCCGUCGCAUCCCCGAGGGAGUCGUGUCGGCGCCACCCCGGCCCCCGAGCCCGCAGAUUGCCCACCGAAGCUCGUGUGUGCACCCCCGAUCCCGCCAGCCACUCGCCCCUGGCCUCGCGGGCCGUGUCUCCGGCAUCAUGUGUGGUAUAUUUGCUUACUUAAACUAUCAUGUUCCUCGAACGAGACGAGAAAUCUUGGAGACCCUAAUCAAAGGCCUUCAGAGACUGGAGUACAGAGGAUAUGAUUCUGCUGGUGUGGGAUUUGAUGGAGGCAAUGAUAAAGAUUGGGAAGCCAAUGCCUGCAAAAUCCAGCUUAUUAAGAAGAAAGGAAAAGUUAAGGCGCUGGAUGAAGAAGUUCACAAGCAACAAGAUAUGGAUUUGGAUAUAGAAUUUGAUGUACACCUUGGAAUAGCUCAUACCCGUUGGGCAACACAUGGAGAACCCAGUCCUGUCAAUAGCCACCCCCAACGCUCUGAUAAAAAUAAUGAAUUUGUCGUUAUUCACAAUGGAAUCAUCACCAACUACAAAGACUUGAAAAAGUUUUUGGAAAGCAAAGGCUAUGACUUCGAAUCUGAAACAGACACAGAGACAAUUGCCAAGCUUGUUAAGUAUAUGUAUGACAAUCGGGAAAGUCAAGAUACCAGCUUUACUACCUUGGUGGAGAGAGUUAUCCAACAAUUGGAAGGUGCUUUUGCACUCGUAUUUAAAAGUGUUCAUUUUCCUGGGCAAGCAGUUGGCACAAGGCGAGGUAGCCCUCUAUUGAUUGGUGUACGGAGUGAACAUAAACUUUCUACUGAUCACAUUCCUAUACUCUACAGAACAGGCAAAGACAAGAAAGGAAGCUGCAAUCUCUCUCGUGUGGACAGCACAACCUGCCUUUUCCCAGUGGAAGAAAAAGCAGUGGAGUAUUACUUUGCUUCUGAUGCAAGUGCUGUCAUAGAACACACCAAUCGCGUCAUCUUUCUAGAAGAUGAUGAUGUUGCAGCAGUAGUGGAUGGACGUCUUUCUAUCCAUCGAAUUAAACGAACUGCAGGAGAUCACCCUGGACGAGCUGUGCAAACACUCCAGAUGGAACUCCAGCAGAUCAUGAAGGGCAACUUCAGUUCAUUUAUGCAGAAGGAAAUAUUUGAGCAGCCAGAGUCUGUCGUGAACACAAUGAGAGGAAGAGUCAACUUUGAUGACUAUACUGUGAAUUUGGGUGGUUUGAAGGAUCACAUAAAGGAGAUCCAGAGAUGCCGGCGUUUGAUUCUUAUUGCUUGUGGAACAAGUUACCAUGCUGGUGUAGCAACACGUCAAGUUCUUGAGGAGCUGACUGAGUUGCCUGUGAUGGUAGAACUAGCAAGUGACUUCCUGGACAGAAACACACCAGUCUUUCGAGAUGAUGUUUGCUUUUUCCUUAGUCAAUCAGGUGAGACAGCAGAUACUUUGAUGGGUCUUCGGUACUGUAAGGAGAGAGGAGCUUUAACUGUGGGGAUCACAAACACAGUUGGCAGUUCUAUAUCACGGGAGACAGAUUGUGGAGUUCAUAUUAAUGCUGGUCCUGAGAUUGGUGUGGCCAGUACAAAGGCUUAUACCAGCCAGUUUGUAUCCCUUGUGAUGUUCGCCCUUAUGAUGUGUGAUGAUCGGAUCUCCAUGCAAGAAAGACGCAAAGAGAUCAUGCUUGGAUUGAAACGGCUGCCUGAUUUGAUUAAGGAAGUACUAAGCAUGGAUGAUGAAAUUCAGAAACUAGCAACAGAACUUUAUCAUCAGAAGUCAGUUCUGAUAAUGGGACGAGGCUAUCAUUAUGCUACUUGUCUUGAAGGGGCACUGAAAAUCAAAGAAAUUACUUACAUGCACUCUGAAGGCAUCCUUGCUGGUGAACUGAAACAUGGCCCUCUGGCUUUGGUGGAUAAAUUGAUGCCUGUGAUCAUGAUCAUCAUGAGAGAUCACACUUAUGCCAAGUGUCAGAAUGCUCUUCAGCAAGUGGUCGCUCGGCAGGGGCGGCCUGUGGUAAUUUGUGAUAAGGAGGAUACUGAGACCAUUAAGAACACAAAAAGAACGAUCAAGGUGCCCCACUCAGUGGACUGCUUGCAGGGCAUUCUCAGCGUGAUUCCUUUACAGUUGCUGGCUUUCCACCUUGCUGUGCUGAGAGGCUAUGAUGUUGAUUUCCCACGGAAUCUUGCCAAAUCUGUGACUGUAGAGUGAAGAAUAUCUAUACAAAAUGUACGAAACUAUACGAUUAAGCAACACAAGACAGCUUUUGUAUUUAAAACCUUGAUUUAAAAUAUCACCCUUUGAAGGCUUUUUUUAGUAAAUCCUUAUUUAUAUAUCAGUUAUAAUUAUUCCACUCAAUAUGUGAUUUUUGUGAAGUUACCUCUUACAUUUUCCCAGUAAUUUGUGGAGGACUUUGAAUAAUGGAAUCUAUAUUGGGAUCUGUAUCAGAAAGAUUCUAGCUAUUAUUUUCUUUAAAGAACACUGGGUGUUGCAUUUCUGGACCCUCCACUUCGAUGUGAGAAGACAAUAUGUUUCUAAAAAUUGUUACUUGUUUCACCAUACUUCAUUCAGACCAGUGAAAGAGUAGUGCAUUUAAUUGGAGUAUCUAAAGCCAGUGGCAGUGUAUGCUCAUACUUGGGAAGGGUUUGCCAAGUUUUAAGAGAAGAUGUGAUUUAUUUUGAAAUUUGUUUCUGUUUUGUUUUUAAAUCAAACUGUAAAACUUAAAACUGAAAAAUUUUAUUGGUAGGGUUUAUAUCUAAGUUUGGUUAGCCUUAGUUUCUCAGGCUUGUUGUCUAUUAUCUGUAGGUGGAAGAAAUUUAGGAAGCAAAAUAUUACAGUAGUGCGUUGGUGGGUCUCAAUCCUUAACAUAUUUGCACAAUUUUGUAGCACAAACUUUAAAUUCGAGCUGUUUUGUACAACUGACAGUAUGAUUUUAAAUUUGAAGAUGGGAUGUGUACAUAUUGGGUAUCCUCCUACUUUGUGUUUUCAUCUCUAAAAGUGAUUUUUAUUUCCUUGUGUCUGUAGUCUUUUAUUUUUUAAAUGACUGCUGAAUGACAUUUUAUCUUGUUCUUUAAAAUCACAACACAGAGCUGCUAUUAAAUUAAUAUUGAUAAAUUCAGUAUUCGCUUCAACUUUGUCACAAGGAAAAAUUUCCUGUAGUUAAUUUUAACUUUCCUUCACUGCAUUGUUGCGUAAAACUAGUCCCUUAGUGCCAGUUUGGAAGUUAUUUGUGAUUGUUUGGAAGAUUUGCAGGUCGUUGACCUCAUCAUUUCACUCUAAGUAUAUGUGGUAGGCUAAGCUCAGAAAAAGGUAUGUAUGCUUUACACUGAUAGGCACCAAAUUUAGUAUUAUAUCCUAGGUAUUUUUCCUCUCUGUAUUUUCUGUGCUCUACCCCUGAAAUAUAUUUAGGAAUAAAGAAGAUAUAAAUAAAGUGAUAUUGGAGUAUGUUCAGCUUGUAAGUGUCAGAAAUGGAAGUUGACAAUUUGGAUUAAAAUAUUUAAAGUAGAAUAUUAUUAUUUGAUACCCCCAAAAUUGUGAGUAAUAAUUUCUUCAUGGAGCUUUUGUGGCCAGAUCUUCAGGGCUAUAGGAAAGUGUGUUUGUUUUUGGUGAAGUCCUUCUUUUUCAAAGGUUUUUACUUUUAAAUUGUGAAGGUAAGCUGUUUAGCACAAUUAUUUAAGUAAGCUAAGUCUUCCUUUCUUUUCUUUCUUUUCUUUUUUUUCUUGUUUGAACUUCUUGGUGAGGUUAAGAUUUUCUAGUAGUUAUUGUUGUUGCCAGAGAAGCAUAGAAUUCUGCUUGUGUCUUAGGGUUAGAGAAAGAUUUGUUAUAUUUUGAGGUAAUUUGGAAGGACUUUCGUACAUGGUGACUAGAAACCUGAUCUUUUUAAGAAUAAAAUAGGGUCACUAUUUACACUAUAUAUAAUAUAUGGCUAUUAUAGCUAUAUUAAUCUACUUUAAUUGUUUCUAAGAUUAUUUUGUGUAAGUCAGCUAGUGUGUGUAUAGUGUCAUUUCUUAUGUUUUGUAAAUUAACAUUUUACAAACACAAUUUGUGUGGGUUUGUAGCAUUUCUUAUAGUUAAAGUAUGAUUCAGCAUUCUAAGUUAAAACUAAUAUGUGAAGUCAGUCAUUAGUCUGCAUAAUCUCUGUCUCCCUCUGUGUGUGUCUUUCUAUAAAGCACAUGUGUACACACACACACAAACAUACUGAAAGCUAGCGUAAGUUCUAAACUGAAUAUCAAAAACCAAAAUCAAAAACAAAGAAGUGAUAUUUUCCAAACAAACAUGGAUUCUCUGCCGGGUGCAGUGGCUCAGCCUGUAAUACCAGCCUCCACUUUGGGAGGCUGAGGUGGGAGUAUUGCUUGAGCUCAAGAGUUGGAGAACAGCCUGGGCAACAUGGUGAGACCUGGUCUGUACAAAAAUUUUUUUGGCUGGACGCAGUGGCUCACGCUUGUAAUCCCAGCACUUUGGGAAGCUGAGGCGGGUUGAUCACGAGGUCAAGAGAUCGAGACCAUCCUGGCCAACACGAUGAAACCCCGUCUUUACUAAAAAUAAUUAGCUGGGUGUGGUGGCAUGUGCCUGUAGUCCUAACUACUUGGGAAGCUGAGGCAGGAGAAUCGCUUGAACCCAGGAGGCGGAGCUUGCAGUGAGGCCAGAUCGUGCCACUAUACUCCAGCCUGGUGACAGGAGCAAGACUCUCAAAAAAAAAAAAAAAAAUUUUUUUUUUUUUAAUUGGCUGGGCAUGGUGGCUUGCGCCUGUAGUCUCAGCAACUUGGGAGGCUUAAGUAGUAGGAUCACUUGAGCAUGGGAGGUUGAGGCUGCAGUGAGCUGUGAUUGUGCCACUGUGCUUCAGCUUGAGUGACAGAGUGAGACCCUCCUGACUCAAAACAAAAAACAUGGUUUCUCCUCUCUGUCCUGUCUUCUUAUUCUCUAUCCCAUUUGAUGUAGUGAUUUUUAAAUGCUUUUAUAAGUUAAUUCUUAACACAAAAGAGACAUUGUAAUGAUGCACACCACUAAAGUGAGCAUGCCCAAUUAAAACCAGUGUAAUAUAGGAUAAGAAAAUCUGAUUUUUCAAAAAAGAUACUCUACAUAAAGAAUCCUUCAUAUAAAAAGUUCUUUUAGUACAUUUGAAGUUUUAAUUCACUCAUGUAUAACUGAGAGUUCCUUUCAGCCCUUUUUAGGCAGGGAGGCAUAUCUGUCAUCUAGCUCGUGGCCCAGUAAAUGAUUAUUACAUUGGAAUCAGUUUUUCAGUCUUUUAAAAUAAAUUCUAUGCCAUAAGAAUAAAAGAUAAAGAGAAAAAUUAAUGUUAACUAUUUUUAGCUUAUUAUAACUAUGUCAACAAGUGUUUAUUAAUACCUAUUAUGGGAGAGUCACUGUGGUAGGCAUUGAAAAUUACACCAUCUUUAAAGCAGUAUUUGUCCCCAGAUGGACUCAUCACUAGCAAAGACUGGGUUCAUUAGAAGGCAUAGGGUGAGAGAAUGGGAAGAUGGAGUGGAGGUGGGUUGUUAAAGUGCUGUGAGUGAGUGGUUUUGUCUACUUGAAUAAUGGUCCAUAUUUGGGGGCAUAUUGUGUUUCAUAAGAAGUGAAAGGUAUUUGCAAAGUAAGCUACAAAUGACCCAUAAAUCUGUUAACAACAGUCCUUAAUAUGCGAAGAUGAAAAACAAGCAUUACUGCUACCCAAAGGGGAUUGGCACUUGGUGAUGUGCAGAUGGGGCUAUUGGUUAAGAGAGCUAUUACAGGUUUUCUCUCUUAGGUUUCAUAGGAGGUAGUUACCGAGAUGAGAUUGUUUUAUCUUUUCGAAUACAGAUCUCUUGUCCUGAGUUAGUUCUGAGGAUGGGAGUAAAGGAGUUUUUUGUUUUUUUGUUUGUUUGUUUGUUUUGGCUCCUUAUUAAUACUCUGACAUUUAUUUCUAUUAUUUUUCAAAGAAAGGAAACCAACUGAAAUGUUUGCUUUAACAAACAUUUUAAGAAGUUCUUUGGGUUUUUUUUUCCCCCUUUAAAAAAAAUUAGCAUAUACCAUAGCAAUAAAAGAACUAAUGUUAACUAUUGUAUGCUACAACUUAAGUGAUUUUUCUAAAGAAGCGCAAUGUCAUUGAAAGUAUUAUUGAAAAGGAUCAUAGUCACAUUGAAUUUGUGAAGGCCAAAGAAAUUGAAGGGAGUGAUAUUUUCAUUUUAUGAUAUUCACAUAUUUAGUAAAUUUUAUGUACAAGAAUACCAGGCAGAGUGUUUUACCCAAGAAAACAGGUUUCAGAUUACUUUUUUACUGUUAGAGUCUCAAGUUUAGAAAUGUUAAUGCUUAAAUCAGUUUUUUUCUCACUAUACUUGAAGAUUGUUAAUAUUUUGAUAUCUUCCUAGCUUGAUGAAUUUAAACAUAUCUUCAGAACUGUGACAGUGACAACCAAUAGGACUGAUAAUAUUAGCUUCAAACCAAUAAUAUCCAGGGUUAAAAUAAAAAUCAUAGUGAAAGCACGAUUGUAAAAUUAUGCUAUAUUAACUUUUAAGUCUGUAAUAGCUUGACAUCAAAAUGUUAUGUAAUUGCCAUAAAUAAUGGCUAGCGAGAGCAUCUUUGGAAAUUCUCAAAUUACCUUUCUUACUACAUUGUUUUCAGAAUGAAUGUAGAAAUGAUCCUGUUAGCUUUUUGAAUGUUCUGUGGUUGAAUGUGUUUUUGCUUAAAUAAAGCUUUUGGUAUUUGUUUAAAUUACACUUCUUGAGAAGUGGACAUUUUAG